CGUAAAGAGCUACCCGUGUCGCAUCGCUCCGGCAGCGCGACCGGGGGUUGCUAGGAGAGGGGGCGGCCGCGCUCUACGGCAGCAAGGCGCAGCGCGUGCCAGCGUCCCAGCAACGGCGCGCGACUCAGAAGGGGACUUUCUCCGCGCGGGCGUAGACGAGGCGGGGCUAAAGCUGACUGGCGGCUUCUCGCAGCGGGGCGGGAUGGAAGGCAGUGCACAUGCGCAGGGAGCGCGCCCUCUGAUGGCUGGUUGACCGCUCACCGAUUAAAGGGGCAGCGAUAUUAAAGAUGCUCCAUGCCCUCAACCACUGAAAAGAGGCUGGGCCUCUUUAUAUAUAUAUAUAUAUAUAUAUAUAUAUAUAUAUAUAUAUAUAUAUAUAUAUAUAUGGGGGAGGAGAAGGCAACCAGCGCUUUCUGAUCUGCAGCUGCCCUUGAGCUUAAUGCAAUCAUCAUGGAUCUUGGUUUUCUCUGAUUAAAAAAAAAAUCCCCAAUUUUUGGAUUAAAAAAAAGUAACCCCAAAUCUGCAUUUUUCUGCGAUUAAAAUGAAAUGUUGCUAUAUGUUUUAGUGAUAUUUUAGUUGUGGGAAAAGGUGGAUUUGGGGUUACUAUUUUAAAUCAGAAAAUUGUGGAUUUUUUAAAGGGUUAACUAACAACGGAAUUAACAACGGAAUUAACUAGAACGACUAUAUACAUACAAGUUAGAACCAAAACACAAGUAAAAGUGAGAAGAGCAUUGCACCCAAAGUGAAUGUAGCAGCAAAACUCUUGUCUUUCACAGAGCUGGGUUUGGUUGGCUGCCUAGUAACCACAGCGUUUCACUUUGCGGUCUGAUUUCACAUACACGGGCUCUCUUUGAGGCACUUAACUUCUUCACUUCCGUAUGAAACUUCUUCAAACACAACUAGGGCAUGUCCAGACAAGCGGGAAUGUGGGUUUCCCCAGAGACAUCUUGUGCCACUGCUACUUGUCCCUGGGGAACGCAUAUGCCACGAGUGCUUUGGUGCAGUAGGUUACACUGGGUAAGGAAAGGGAGGCUGGGGCCAGCAACUGUGCUGGCCCCAGCAGCCUUACCUGGGGCCCUGGGGGCCUCCGGGAGCUGCGGUUGCAGCACUCCUGCAGCAUGAGGCCUGGCUGGCAGCUGGAGCGUGGCUUCAGCCUGCGAGGCUCCAGUUUUGGGCAGCAUGUGCACUGCUGUCACGUGUGCUGCCCCACUUCUUUUGACAUGGGUUUUUUUGACCCCCUGCACAGCAAAGCAGCAGCACAGGAAACACUUGCAUGUGCAGUGAGUGGCAUUGCAGAUGGGUCUGCAGUGCCACUUGACACAUGUCUGCACUCGUCUGGAUGUGCCCUUACAGUGCUAAAUGAACUCAAAACACCACAAUAGCUCUCACUCUCACAAAAUUCACACUCCACUUUUUCUUACAGGAUCGACUAGGUGUCUCCAGUCAGGCUCUCUUGACUGAAAAAAAACCCUAGGUUCCCUUUUCUUGUAAAGGACAGCAAGGGUGAUACUUCACCUAACCAAAUGGAAGAACCUGAUCUUCCAUGACUCUUGUGGGCAGAAUACAAAACUCUGGUUGCUCCAGCUUGCAGUGUCUCCAGCACCCAACUUAAGCAAGCUAACUUGCAGAUAUGCAACGAAAUGUCCAAAAGCUUCAACAAAUGGUCUGGGACUGACUUUCACCACUUCGGUGACAAGCUUAUAAAGGGGUAAAUCAGCCCAUCUAAACUGACCAGCCAAACAACACACACAGUUGCCAAUCAUGAGUCAAUCCCUCCAAAAGAUACUUUUUCAGUAAUGGACCAAUUUUAUCUUGAAUCACCUCAGGAGUGGGACAACCUCACAACUGUCACUCGACCUCACUUUCCUGCCACUCCUGAUCUGACACCCAUGUGUGCUCAAACUGGUCUUACAUGCAUUUACUCCAGUAGGGUUAAAAGUUCAGAUUUUAUUACAAACUUCCUUCACACUUACGCAAAUCAACUAAAGUACAUUAACACAAGAGAGGGGAAACAUAACUCAAACAGUGUAACAAAACUACCCAACAGCAGGGUGAACCAACUUUCCAUUGAUGCAUACAACCGAAGACCUGUGAAGUUAACAGAAAUAUUUCCAGUGACUUAGUAGCCUUCAGAACUGUCUUCUAUUGCUUUCUGCUAGAUCACUGACAAAGAUGGCAGAUUACUUCUGAAUUUAUAUGCAUUCCAUGGCCAUAUAUAAUGCUGCUACUAUCCUGCCUGUUGUUUUGCAAAUGCCUUCCAUUUCUACCAGUGCAUUUCAUAGGGAUUUCUAAUAUCUAUUGCACCUCACUUGUUUCACCAUGAUUUGUAGGAUGAAGAUUGUAUUGGAAAAGGGGGUACACUAGGAAGAAAUUGUGGGAGACUGUCUUCACAGACAGCAAUUUUUGCUGAAGCUUACACAGUAAAAGAAAUCGAACAUAAAAAUAUACUGUCUGGGUUAGAAAAUUUGUAACUAAAUGAUUUUGUUGGUCAGAAAUUGAAACCUACUUAAAAUAACAACUCAUUUGUGCCAAACAAUGGUUUGAGAUGGAGGGGAAACAGGAAGAAUAAAGCAGAGUAAUGAACUUCAGUGCAAUAGGAAUUUGGUGGAGCUAUCUCAGAAACAGAGAACAAAGAAGUUGGGAAGUCAGCUUAUUCAGGACAAACCUUGUGAAUAUUAUCAAGGCUUCCAGUAUCAUCUGUCCAUGUGUGAUCUAGGACAGGAAAAGAUUACAUUGAACAAGAUUCAUAUAUUUUUUAUAAACGAUAAAUGUGCGUGCAUGUCGGUGCACAAAGGGUCCUUCUGACUGAGACUCUUUUGCAUUUAGAAAAUUUAAAGCAUAAACUGCAGACAUUUCCCCAUCUUCCACACAUGAGUAGUUCCACUUGCUAUCCUCUGUCCAUUGUGUUAUUUACAAUAGAAAUGUAAUGUAACUGUAGAAGGGAUUCUUAGGAGCAGCUACCGGUGGCAGAAAUUCAAACAGUAUGGCUUUGUUAGGAGUAGGAGCCUUUUCAUGGACAUCAGGCCUUGGUUUCAGAGAUGUGGUUUCUCAUUGGACCUUAAUGAAUUGUUCCUGUGGCCUAUUGUAGAGAAGAGGAGGCCCCACCUGUCAUCCAAGAAAAUAAACAUGAAGGAAUCUUCACGUGGAAAAUAUGCAGAGAAAAAAUGUCCUGAAUUUACAGAUCUUAGUUUAGGCAAUGCUUUAACUGGAACAGAUCUGAAAGUGCAACUACUGUUGUAUACAAGGCAAAACCAGAAUUGUUCUGAGAAUCUCAGUGAACAUAAUGUAACAGCAUCUAGUAGCCUGAAUACAACCAAGAAGACUGUCUUUGUUAUCCAUGGCUACAGGCCAACAGGAUCUCCACCAGUAUGGCUAAAUGACAUAAAGGAACUUCUGCUGGCUUUAGAAGAUUUUAACCUCAUUAUAGUAGAUUGGAACCGGGGUGCUACUACUGUAAUUUAUCCUACUGCUGCUCAUAACACCAAGAAAGUUGCAUGUAUCUUAAAGAAACGUAUUGACCAGAUGUUGGCAGAUGGAGCUUCUCUUGACUCUAUUUAUAUGAUUGGAGUUAGCCUUGGGGCUCAUAUAGCUGGAUUCGUUGGACAGAUGUAUAAUGGCAAACUUGGCAGAAUUACCGGUCUUGAUCCUGCAGGCCCUUUGUUCACUGGGAAACCUCCAGAUGAGAGGCUGGAUCAUACAGAUGCACAGUUUGUUGAUGUCAUUCAUACUGAUAUUGAUGCUUUUGGCUUCAGGAAACCCUUGGGAAAUAUCGAUUUCUACCCAAAUGGAGGGGCAGAUCAGCCUGGCUGUCCACAAACAAUCUUCAGCGGGAGUAAAUAUUUUAAAUGUGACCAUCAGAGAUCUGUUUACUUGUUCCUAUCAUCCUUGAAACGGAAUUGCAACAUAACAACAUACCCUUGUGAUUCAUACUCAAAUUUUAAGAAAGGAAAAUGUGCUAACUGUGAAGAUUUUCAUCCAGCAUCAUGUCCAGUUCUGGGUUAUUAUGCAGAUCUGUGGAAAAAACAGCUCCGCAAAAAGAACCCUCCAGAAACAACAGCUUAUUUAGAUACCUUGGAACAAGAACCAUACUGCAUGUACAACUACUUUAUAGAAAUUAUUACGUGGAACAAAAGCGUUAGGAGAGGUUUAAUUAAAAUUAAAAUAACAGAUUAUUCUGGAAACACAAUAGACUCACACAUGAAAUGUGAACCUACAACUUUUCUGCAGUAUAGACAAGCUAGCAUACUUGUCGGAUUUAACCAGGAUUUUGAUAAAAUAUCAAGAAUUUCCUUAACAUUUUCUACCAAGUCUUUAAUAGGCCCCAAAUAUAAACUCAGGAUUAUCAGGAUGAGGCUAAGAUCUAUUACAAAUCCAGCCAGACUGCACCUGUGCAGAUAUGAUUUUGUAUUACCAGAGAACAUUGAAGUCACCUUCAAACCGAUUCCAUGCCAAAAGAAGGGCAUAACAGCCUCAGAGAAAGAGCCUUUACUGACUUGAUUUCCUGUAUAGAAAAUGGAACAUUUAAUUCUUUCUCUGGACAAGGAGUGCAGCAGGAAAGGAAAAUGAUAUAAACCAGGCUCAUUUCGAGAAGUUUGUCUUUCGUUACUUUGUUUGAGUGGCACUGAGUGAAGGCCAACAGGAAGUUCAGAUAUCCGUGUGUUAAUAACAUUUUGACAAAGAAAUGUAAGACAACAAAGAACAUGCAGUAAUUUAUGAAUUAUUACUUUUAGGCAGCAAGAAUAUUUCAGGGUACCACCCAAUUAAAUGUGACUUCCCUCCUCUGAUCCUGGCAAAUGAGUUAUGUAAUGCAUAUAUUUAAUUAUUUAUUCUUUAGAAUAACUUUCUUGUCAAGGUAUAAUUAUCUGACUAUUGAACGAAUUUAUUAUACGGUACAUAUGAUAUAUAGAGUUACUAUACAACAAUUUUGGCAUAACACAUUACUUGAAUAAAUAAAUUAAUGCUAUUUCAUUAUAUGAUGCUCCUGCUUGUGAGAACCAUAAAAAUAAGAUUUGUGAAUGCAUUUGUCAACUUGUUGUUUGAAGCAAUAAUCUCCAGUGUCUGCUAUAAAGGAAUAUUACUACAACCCACUCAGACUUUGUCUGUUAAUAGGUC